UUCAUAACGAGGCCAGUGUAAACUAACGAUUGAUUAUUUUAAAAUUUAUUAAAAUAUAUCUUGGAUAGGCAGUUUCUAUAUCACUAAAUGAAUUGAAAGAGUUACAGGGUGCUUGGAUGUCAAAAUCAUCAUGGAUGAAUUAAACAAAAAGUGAAAGUUUUAUACUUAAUAUCAAACUGGGUUAAUCUGCUGAAUGAGACAAAAUGCAUCGUUAUACACAACAUUUUGGAUAUAAAGACUUCAUCCAUUUAUCAGUGGUCCUCCUGCUACAAGUUACAUAUGGAAUAUCACAAGAGAGGCGGACAUUUCCACCAUUAUUCAAUGCAGGGGAGAUAAAACCAGUAUCCACUGUGCCAUCACAGAGUACAUGUGGGAUCCCAGUUAGAAGCGCACAUUGUAAAAGUUCAACUUUCAUGACAUCAAUCAGCGAAUGUCGCCAAGAACUUUGUGAACAAAACUGUCCACAGAGGACUACUUUACCGAGCCAUUUUGAUUUUUUACUUGCAUUGAACUAUGGGCCGUGUGUCAUAACUGAUACAGUCAAUGUUCGCCCUGGAAGUACGGGUCAAUAUUCAGCCGUGUUUAGUGCAGGGGACCAGUGUUAUUUGUCCCCCCUCACUGAGCCUAGCUUGGGUGCUAAUGGGGCCUUUACUGUUGCCUUCUGGAUAUGGCAGGAACCAGAAAAUAUAGGAACUGUAAUGGAGAAGGCAAGUGAAGGGGGUGCUUCCAUUGUCAGGAUCAGAGUGAGCACUUCUAAGUUAAUGUUAACACUGCGCACCAGUGUUGGUGGCUCAGAGGUGCACAAUCUUGACAGUAUACCUCCACGCACAUGGAUGCAUGUUGCUAUUCAGGUAUAUGCUACACACCUGAGUUUCUACCUGAAUGGGCUUGGUGUGGGUUACAGCGCCCGCAACACAGCUGUUCUACCUGGCCAGGUUCAAGAUGGGCCUGGAAUAACCAGAUUAGGGCAGAGGGUCAAUGGUCAAGACCAGUAUGAAGGAAGAUUGCAAGAUUUCAGAUUCUAUGAUGAAACACUCACAAAUAGGGAAAUUGAGGCAGUGUACAGUGGUAAUUUCCCAGAUGUGCACAUCCAGUCUAAUUGCCGAUGCCCCUCGUCACAUCCUCGUAUCAAACCCUUACAUGAUAGAUACUGCAUCCGCAAUGGUGUGCCAGAUAAUACAGGAGAUGAGUCGCUAAGAUUGAAUGAUGACGCUCACCCACUGGAGUACUUGAAUGAUGGAGAUAGUAACAGCAUCUGGGUGUCGGCAAUUCUAGAUGAUACAACCAUCACAAUAGACCUCUUGGAUCAGUAUCAGGUAUUUUACGUCGUGCUACAGUUCUACAGUCCCCAGCCUAAGAUUGUUACGAUAGAACGGCGUCGCACAAACACUUCAGAAUGGGAAACAUGGCAACUUUAUGCCGAAGACUGUCAGCUUGCAUUUGGUCAACCUAAUAAUGGGCCUCUAGAAACCCCCACUUCUACAAACUGCAUCCAGUUUCCAACAAACCCAGCUGUGCCUUCCUCCAAGGGGAACAUUACACUGAAUCUCCUGGCCCCAGAACCUGUACCACGUCCAGGCUACAAUGAUUUUUACAAUACGCCAGAAUUGUUUGAUUUUGUGAGGGCAGCUCAAGUCAGAGUGAGGCUCCAAGAUCAUUAUUACGUCACUAAUACACGUCAUCGAUACUUUGGACUCUAUGAGUUCAUUGUGACCGCAAGAUGUAAUUGCCAUGGACACGCAGAAACCUGUGAUACAACUCAGCCGACAUACAAGUGUAAUUGUCUCCCAUCUAGUAACACAGAAGGAAACCAGUGUGACACCUGUAAGGCAUUAUACAAUGAUAAACCUUUCUAUGUUGGUGACCCAUUCAAUACAUAUGACUGCAAGGCCUGCCAGUGCUAUAACCAUGCUACAAGCUGCGUUUAUGAUGUUAAUGUUGACCCCUUUCCCGAUGAAUACAACAGGGGAGGGGGAGGAGUUUGUGUGGACUGUCAGCAUAACACACAGGGCAGAAGAUGUGACAGUUGUAUAACAAACUACUUCAGAGAAACUGACAAGAGUCUGUUUGCGGAGGAUGUAUGCACAGCAUGUGAUUGUUUCACAGAUGGAGUGGCUGCUAAUAUCACGGACUGUGAGAAAGUUGGAGGUCAGUGUUCAUGCAAAGCUAAUGUCGGAGGUAGAACAUGCGACUCCUGUAAAGACGGCUUUUACAACUUAGAAGGGAGUAAUCUCGAUGGAUGCAACAGCUGUAAUUGCGAGACAUCAGGCACUGUCAAUGGUGACGUAAAAUGUCAUCAAACUACUGCCCAGUGUAACUGUAAACCUAAUGUCAGAGGUUUACAUUGUGAUGCCUGCAAUUAUGGGUACUUCCAUUUAAAUGCUAGUGACCCCCUAGGGUGUUCCCCCUGUCAAUGCAACCCCCAGGGGUCUACUUCACAAUUUUGUAACCCUGAUGAUGGCCAGUGUCUGUGUAAAGAGAACGUCAUUGGGGUUCAGUGUGACCAGUGUGUUGAUGGAUUCUGGGACUUUGAUAAUGGCUGUCAGCCAUGUGGAUGUAAUGAAGAUGGAACAGUUGAGGGGACAACAUGUGAGAAAUCAACAGGACAGUGUAUCUGUAAAGAAAAUGCCAUGGGCCUAAAAUGUGAUGAAUGUCGCGAUACGUUUUACGAUUUGGGGUCCGAUCCAGCCCGGGGAUGUCUCCCAUGUAAUUGUGACGUUGCAGGCUCUGUCAAUGGAUCAAGUUUCUGUAAUAAGAUCAAUGGAACCUGCGAGUGUAAACGAUUUGUAACAGGAUUAACAUGUAAUCAAUGUGUGUCGAAUACAUGGAAUCUGACUGAAGCGAAUGAAGAUGGAUGUAUACCAUGUGGAUGUGACCCUACAGGUACAGAAGAGGGGGCCACUAUAGAUCCUAGUGACCUCGUAUGUAACCAGAAUACUGGCCAAUGUGCAUGUUUAUCUUCUCGGAUUGGACGAACGUGUAAUGACUGUUCAAGAGGCUAUUAUGUGAACAAUAUCCCAGGAGGCGGUUGCUUUCCUUGUGGCUGCUCCAAAAGUGGAACUGUUCGUUUCACUGCAUGUGACUCACAAACGGGCCAAUGUUCCUGUAGGGAGGGAAACAGUGGAGUUGCAGGACGUGCAUGUGAUUCCUGUAAACCAACAUACAACAAGUUCAGUCCUGGUGCCGGGACGUGUUCCCCAUGUGAGUGUUCUCCCUCUGGUAGCACCAAUGACACGUGUCACUUCCAAACAGGACAGUGUAAUUGUAAAGAAUUUGUCACUGGCCAAAAAUGUGAUGAAUGUGUCCCUGAGUCCAGUAAUCUAGAUGCUGAGAAUCCACAAGGGUGCAGCAAAACUCCUUCCCAACAACCACCGCCUACAAGUGUAGCUAAAGGACCACGUCAUCUUAGCUUAAAAUGGAUGCCGCCAGAUUAUCCCAAUGGGCCCAUUCUUAUGUACAAACUAUACAGAAAUGGAAGGAUGAUUGUCAGUCAAGACCCUAACGUUCUACAGUAUGAAGAUACGGGGCUUGAACCAAACACUGAUUAUACCUACGUGAUUGCGGCAAGUAACAUCCAUGGAAGUGUGAGGAGUCCUCCUGUGACAUUCCGCACCCCUCCAGCAGCACCCACAGGAGACCUCGGUUUAAAGGCUACAAACAUUGGAGCCAAAACGGCAUCAUUUGAAUGGCAUGCUCCUCCAGGCUCAAAUGGAGCAAUCACUUCAUAUAAGCUCUACUCUUAUAACCCUUUCCAAUCAUAUAUCCCAUAUUUUCAUUUUAAUACAACCAAUGGUGAUGUUACCAGCGCAGUCCUGAAUGAUUUGACUGCAUACACAAAUUACACGUUCAUCCUUCGUGCAAGCACUAAUGGUGGAAGUCUCGACAGUGAACCAGUGAUUGUGAUGACACAUGAAGCAAUUCCCGAAGACCAGAGAGAGCCAAAUAUCACCCCAGUGUCCUCAUCUUCUCUAUUUGUACAAUGGGACCACCCUACACGUCCAAAUGGAAUUAUAAUUUUCUACGAGUUAUGGCUCCGAGGUUUGCUUCAACCAAAUGGUGAACGUGACCCCGAGACGAUUCGUGUUUUCCACGCUGCUGGUCAAUACAAUCCUAACCCUGGAAAGGACCCUGAGGAAAAUGCCCUGGCAGAGCCUGCAACUAACUUCACAAUACAUGGACUAGAGCCAUAUACACAAUACGAGCUCCAAGUCCUUUGUGAGAAUAGCGUGGGAAAAGCUGCAAGUCUCUGGGUUGGUGCAACUACACUUGAAGAAUUACCCCUUUCCACACCAACUCCUACAGUUGUAGCCUACACAUCAUCACAGUUUAAUAUUUCCUGGCUCCCACCAAUCAGAACAGAGGCUCGAGGUGUCAUUUUAGAGUACCGCAUCUAUGUAGAGCGUCAGACAGACACAUUGGCUAAUCCAUUUGCUCCUCCUAUAUACCACGAGGUUAUCUACACUGGAAAUUCGACAUCAUAUAUAGCUGAUGGAUUUAAGCCAUACUCAAGUCACACCUUCCACGUUGGGGCAUGUAACAGUAUUGGUUGUGUCAACAGUUCAACAACUACACAGACGACAUUAGCAGCUGCUCCAUCUGAACCUGCACCUCCUUCUGUCAGUGGGUACAAUGCCUCGACAAUGAGUAUCAAAUGGGAUGCUCCACAAGAAAUCAAUGGGCCUGACCCCACAUAUCAUGUCGAGAGGGCAGCCACAGCAUUCAACCACCCCCCUCCUACAGUGGAGAAGGGUACGAGAUUCCCUGGGGGUGGCUAUUACAAGUUUAAACCAGACACUGUUCCACAGAGUGUAACAUUUACAGGUAUUGAGAUUGAGUUCAGGACGUGGCAGAGAGAUGGACUAUUGAUGUUUGCUGCCUCUGAGGGCAAUCAAGAGGAAUUCUUCGCCAUACAGCUCAGCAAGGGACGACCUUGGUUCCUGUUCGACCCCCAAGGCUGCUAUACAUGGAUAGAACCAGAUCCAGAAUUAGACGGUAAUGUCACAUACUCAGAUGGGGAGUGGCAUCAAUUGAAGGCACAGCGUUCAGGAACUGACGCUUAUAUAUCUGUGGAUGGAAACGAAGGUACAAAAGUUGGAACAUGUGCCACUGGAACUAUAAUAGGUCCCAAUACAGGAGUUUAUAUCGGAGGCCUUCCAAAGGAUUUUGUCAUGAGGCGCAAAGAAACGGAUAAGAGAGCUAAUGUCGUUAGACAAAGUUUCCAAGGCUGUCUGGGUAAAAUCACUAUAGUAAAGCAAGAAGUUCCUGUAGAGAUAAAAGAAGAACUGAAAUGGGAAGAUGCCAUUUUAAAUCACCAAGCCUCACCCACAUGGGAGGGAUGCCCUAUAAACCUCCAGGAUGGAAUUCAUUUUCUUGGCAGAGGUUUUUUGGCAAUCACUACAUACUCACCUCCCACCUACAAAUUCCGUGGUGGUAAAAAUUUCCACAUUACCUUUGAUUUACGGACAAAUUUCCGCUCUGGGCUACUGUUUUUCGGCCAUGGGGUAAAAGAUGUGUACUUCUAUGGGGAGCUCAUAGAUGGGAAUAUACACUUUGUGUUUAGCAAUGGCGUUGUGGAUUCGACCGUCACAUACCCGAAUAACCUCAUUUCAGCAUGCAAUGGUGAUUGGUUGAAUGUUAAUUUCACCAAAUCUGGCUCUGAACUUUCCAUACAAGUUAACAAAGAGAGCCCUGUGAUUGGCCAAGGAGAUCCCCAAGUUUUGGCUAUUGUGGUGAUGACAUCAUCUUUCUACGUCGGUGGAAUCCCAAAUGAAGGCCCCGUUGCAGAUUUUGUAUCUGAUCAUGGUUUAAGCCUUCAAGAUGGCUUUGGAGGGUGUAUCAGGAACCUAUAUCUAAAUGACAAAGCGAAUACAGCAGAUUUUAUGACGCUUUUGGCUGAUAUUGACAAUGUUAACUUGGAUGGGUGCCCAUCUCAGAACACCAAUACUACUGUUGGACCAUGUGGGAAUAACCAUCCCUCAGAAAUAUACAGUGGGCCAGGCAAGCAGGCAUUUGACAAUAACCUUGAGCCAUUCACUGACUACAUCUACCGCACAAUAGCUGAGAAUCACGCAGGAUCUAGCUCUAGCAACUGGGCUGGAGGACGCACGAAAGAAGGAGCCCCAACUGGUGUUUACAGUCCCACCAAUGUAGAAGCAGUGACAGGGUACAUUAUCAGUGCAGAGUGGCAGGCACCAAGUGGCCAAACAGGGCUGUUGAAGGAAUACCGCUUACGAGGCCAUGAUCUUGACAGAGGAAACGGCACUAUGGUGGAGACGUCAUUUAACAUUAGUACAUUUGCAGGUGAAAUAACAACAGCUAUACCAUAUACCAACUACAGUGUUCAUCUAGUGGCCUGCACAGCUGGGGGGUGUACAGAGAGUGUAGGAGUAAAUGUAUUGACCAAAGAAGAAGCCCCAGAGGAAGUGUCAGUACCUACUGCGGAAGUAGGACCAACAUAUCUGUAUAUGAAAUGGACUCUUCCUGCUAAACCUAAUGGUGUAAUAACAGGGUACUUCCUCUACAGAGAUAACCUUGAGGUUUACAGUGGAGGUGAAAUGGCCUUCAAUGUUACCAAUCUGAAUGUGUAUGUUGGCUAUGAGUUCUAUGUAAGAGCCUGUACCAAAGUGGGGUGUUCUAAUGGACCUUCAACAACCAUCAGUACAGCACAAUUGCCACCAAGCUUUGUAGAUAAGCCAGCACUAACUGUCCUAGGUACAAAAAGAGUGUUUGUGGAGUGGUCCAGACCUGCACAAUUGAAUGGGGCUCUAAAACGAUACCUUCUCUAUGUGUCUACACUUGCCGAUUCUCACGGGGAAGUACGUUACAACAGCUCUGAUUUCUUCCUGGAUUACACACUAGAGGGCCUGAAUGCUGGCUCAACAUAUUACAUACGUGUAGCGGCAUGUACAGGAGGUGGCUGUACUAAGAGUGAGCCCAGUCUAGCUACUACUGAAGAGAGUGCCCCUGAGGAUGUAUUUGACCCCACAUGGACAUCUCCCAGUCCCUCAGAGCUCUAUAUAACAUGGCAGAUACCUGGUCUUCCCAAUGGUAACAUACUAAAAUAUGAGCUAUAUCAAAAUGGCUUGAUGGUAUUCAGUAAUGCAACCACCCGUGAAUACAGGGCCACUGGGCUUGAACCAUACAGUUUACAUACACUUCGAGUCGUGGCCUGUACAGCUAAGGGGUGCGGAUCAAGCAAUGAGGUCCAGGCACGAACUAUGGAGGCUCCACCUAUUGGUACAGUUGUCCUGGAGAUGCGAGUGAAUGGGCCGAGAUCUGUGAGUGUACGUUGGAACCCACCUUCAGUACCCAAUGGACGUGUCUACUUCGAUAUAUAUUUCCAAGGACUCUACUACAGAGAUGCAGAUAAUUGGGAUUAUUCCACCGUGAGGGAACGUCGGAGUUUACAUCGCACUGAGACCAGUGGAAGAUGGGUUGAGAUAGACACUCUCAUUUCAGACAGUAUAUACAGCAUACAGGCCAAUGCAUCUAACACCAAGGGUUUCAUUAUCAGCAACACACAAGUGGCAACCAUGCCCCCAGGAGCUCCGGAUGGUGUCAGGCCCCCAGUUUUGGUAUCCCCCUCCCCCACUCAGAUUAGAGCCACAUGGCAACAAGUGGGAAGAGCCAACGCCAGGCAACAACCACUAUUUCAGUUACAGUUCCGACACACUUUUCCUGGUGCCAUUGUGGAAGAUCUAUUUGCUGAAACUACAACAGCCACAACAUUCCUCAAGGAAGGACUUAACCCUUAUACAGAGUAUCAAAUGAGACUAGUGGCCAGUAACACAUAUGGACAGACCAACACAGAAUGGGUGUCUCUUUAUACUAUGCAAGAUAAGCCCUCAAGCAUAGACCCUCCCAUGACAGGCAACAUACAAGCCAGACAAGUGGACGUUAUAUGGGAACAACCAGCACGUCCUAAUGGCAUCAUUAUGAAAUACAACAUAUACAUCAAUAAUAUAUUUAGAGAAGUUGUACCUGGUAACUUAACAAGAUGGACAGUGACUAAGUUAACCCCUUACUCCACCUAUAUAUUCAAGAUAGAGGCGUGUACUGUAGCUGGAUGUAGCAUUAGUGCUGACUCCAGGCCUGUACAGACAUUUGCUGCAGCUCCUGAGGGUGUAGCAAGGCCUACUCUUAUCUCUGAAACACCUACAUCUGUGCUAGUCCAAUGGACAUCCCCAUCCUCACCCAAUGGCAUCCUACAGGGUUACACAUUGCAACGCAAGGACUUCAACUCAACAAUCAUCACAGAUAUUGAGCAGUUUGGACCAACUGCAAGCAAACGCUACGUGGAUGAAGAUAAAGUGUUGACCCCUUAUACAGUGUAUGAGUAUAGGGUGGGGGCCAUCAGUGGGCCUGGUACAACAUACAGUCCCUGGACACCAGUUACAACUAAACCAUCAAACCCAGGGGGAUUGAGUCCACCUAUAGUGCGUAUAUUGGGUCCUCGAAGCAUGGAAGUGAAGUGGCAACCACCAAUACAGAGCAAUGGCCAACUUGAAUUGUACAUCGUGAAACUACCAGCACCAUCUGUUGAGCUACGCAAUCUCACCCAGUUAAUGGUUGUAGUCGAGGAUCUGAUACCAUUUACAGAGUACUUUGUGACAGUGACAGCGUGUAAUGAAGCUGCUUGCACUGAAAGUGGUGUUACCAAGGUAACAACUGACCCUACUCUUCCUGAGGGACAAGGACCCCCAGAUGUGACCCCCAUUUCUCAGACGUACAUCUAUGUCUUAUGGCAGCGUCCUGAAAGACCUAAUGGACCAGGACUACGCUAUGAGGUGGAUAGACGCAAAAUCAGCCAGCCCUUAGAUUCAUCAGCAACAAAUUUCUUGUCAUGGGAAAGUGUUUAUACUGGAGCAGAGACAUUCUAUGAAGACAGAGGCCUCAGUAUAUUUACAACAUUCAACUAUCGAGUGACUGUUUAUAACGAUUAUGGUCAGGUGACAAGUGUUCCAUCUAUAGAUGUCACUACUUUUGGCGGCGUGCCAACCAAGUCUCCAAUUGUCAGUGCAUAUGCAAUAAGUCAUGUGGCCAUCUCAUUCAACUGGACCCUUCCAAGUGUUGUUGAGCUCCAGGGAUCUGUUAGCGAAUACCAGUUAAAGGUCCUGGGUGGGGAAAUAAAUAAAACACUCACAUACAUCGAGACAGACACCAUGAUCAUUGUUAAUGAGCUUGAGCCAAGUACGCGAUAUACUCUCACAUUGACAUCAUUUAUGCAUGGUGGCGCCACUAUCUCCAGUACACCAGCCAUUGCUACAACCUUAGAUGGAGCACCUGAAGGUUUGUCACCACCUCAGCUGAUUGUUGUGGAUGAUACAACUCUCCAAGUACUCUGGAGUGCCCCAGCACGUCCCAAUGGUGAUGUCAUAGCAUACUUCAUUCACCUUGACGAUAAGAAGAUUGACACAGGGCUCACGGUUGCUGGCUCGUUCAUGUUGUAUAAACUUCAGCCACAUACAGUCUACUCAGUACAGGUUGAAGUUUGCACUGUGUAUGCAUGCUUGAAGAGCAACGCCACCUAUGGGACAACAGCCGAAGCUAUUCCACAAGAACUCAGCAAACCCCUGUUGGAUGUCCUAAGCCCUUACACCAUCGACAUCUCUUGGACCUCACCUGUCAAACCCAAUGGAAUCAUCACAAAGUAUGAUUUGUUACGUCGCCAUAAAGAACCAUGUGAAAACCAAGUCGAGGAAAGUGAACCCCAAGCCACUAAGUGUACCUAUAUCCAAUGUGAUGCAAGGGAGCGUCUGUGUGAUACUACAUGUUACUCAGGACCAAAGACAUGCUGUAAUGGGGUCCUACAUGAUAACAAACAAGACUAUGUAUGCUGUGGUAGCAGCUACCUGCCCUUACCACUUAAUGACACUGCUGUAUGCUGUGGGGAACAAUUCUACAACUAUUUAGAUAACCAUCAAUGCUGUCAUGAUAAGUACUUAGAGGUCCUACCAGGUGAAAUCUGCUGUCCAGAUAGCAGUCAAGAUAGAGAAGACAUUGGCUUUGGGGACACUUGUUGUGGUUCUAUUCCCUUCCUGUCAUCGGGGGCUCAGAUAUGUUGUAAUGGUAAGCUGUAUGAUAAACACAAUCAGCAAUGUUGUGGCGACACUGUUCAACCUGCUACCAUGAUAUGCUGCGGUAACUCCACCUAUGGUCAAGCAUAUGCACCACUAGAGGGAGCCAGCUGUUGUGGGGCAGAAUACAAGAUGGAUGAUGUAUCUGUUUGUUGCAGCGAUACACUGGGAAGAUCAAAGGUACAUACCUACAGUUCAGCAGAUGGUAAAGCCAACUCUAAUGAAGUAUGUUGUAGUCUAGAACGCAUCUCAACCAGCCUUAGCUGCUGCAAUGGUAUGGGGUACAGUGCCUUCACUCAGACAUGUGCUGAUGUCUCUAAUAUGGAGCCAGCUUGUGGCUCAGGCAGAGUGUGUCCCAUCAGCCAACAAGGAACAGCAUUCUGUGAUAGAUGUGACUUUGACAGGACCAGCCACUACUGUGGCUCUGUUCCUGGGUACUACAAUACCUCCCCUACCACUCCACCAUCAACCCCUGCCCCAGGGACUAUGUGCUACACCACACCUGAGAAGCUUUUCACAGGAAUGGGAUUCAGAUUCACUGACACUGGCCUAGUGCCAUUCACAAGUUACGAGUACUCAGUAGUUGUAUCCAACAGAGCAGGGAGCUCAUCUAGUGGCUAUACUGAGCAAACUACACUUCAGACUGUACCAGGGGAGGUACUUGCACCCCAGGCUAGAGUUGAACCAGGCAUAACUGAUACAAUACACCUCUCUUGGGAGCCACCUGUCUACCCUAAUGGUGAGAUUACCCACUAUAUACUGAAGAGAGACAAUGUGGAAAUAUACAGGGGCACCAGACUCACACUGGUGGAUAAUAACACAAUACGCCCUUAUCAGAUGUAUGCAUAUACACUACAAGCCUGCACAGUGGUUGGUUGUGCUAUGAGCCCACUGGUCAAAGUGAGUACCCUCCAAGCAAGACCGGAGAAUGUCUCACCACCAGAUGUCAUUGCAAUCAGUCCAACCAGCCUCCUUAUCACAUGGAAUGCCCCAGGACGUGCGAAUGGAAUCCUCUCCCGCUAUAUACUUUCUGAGGCUACCUUGGGUGAGAUCUACAACAGUGAGGAUGUAGACACUCGCAGGUACACGCUAACAGACCUGGAUGCCUAUGGGCAAUAUGAACUGAUGCUAACAGCUUGUACUGAGGCAGGGUGCCAACAUAGUGACAAUGUCACCAUCAGAACGCAGGAAACUACUCCCCAAG